AGUUACCAUGGCUACACAGCCGAUAGCCCUGGGUCCAGAUCCAGCAUCGUUGACCUGUCCACACUGUCAUGCCAGAGUGACAACGACUAUGAAAGCGGCUGCAAAUACUAAAACUCACAUAAUCGCUUUAAUUCUAUGCGUUUGUCUAAAAAAAAUUUUAAUCAUGGAGCCAUGGCUUUGUAGCUAUGAUAACUUUCAACCCUCUAAACUUUUCCGCAUGUCAAAGAAAACAUUUAUUGAUUUAGCAGCAAUGGUAGGAAAAAACGAUGAAAAAAAAUAUUCGCAGGACCGCAUACAGGUGGACAUCAUCCAAUGCAUACCUUGCGUAUGUAUUCCAUAUUGCUGUGAUUCCUGCCAGACUUUACAACAUUACUGUCCAAACUGCCAGGCAUACUUGGGGUCGUAUGCUAACUGAAAGUGUAUUUUUUAUAUUUUGGGUUUUUGUUGUACUUUAUACUGGGCGAUUAAUGUUUAACCUUACUAGCAUGUUUGUACAUCAAAUAUUUAUAUAAAUACGUGUUGCUUUAUUGUAAACCUAUUCCCAAUUUUGUUAUCUCAACAAGGUACUUACGUUGUAUCGCCAUAUGUCUGCACAAAUUACCAUUCUAUUCUAAUAGAUUAGGAGCCUAGCCUAUAUGUUUGUAUUGCAUUAUUUGUCGCCAAAAUUGCGGAGAUUUAGUGCAUGUUUUUACUCAGUGGCCUGCCAAUGCUUACUAAAGUGUUAGCGUUGUAUCAACAUGAUAUUAGUACUUACCGAUCGAAAAAUCUCUCGUUGCAAAUUAUGUAAGAAGUACCAUCAUCUUGAAAUCGUCUAACACCUUAAUUCUGUAAAGACUAGCACUUUUAAAAAAAAACACUAAGGGACAUAUCGUCAGUCGUUUCUACAGUUGUAGGACGCCUUUAGGCCCGUAUCGCCAGUCGUUCCUACAAUUGUAGGACGCCUUUAUGGCCUCCUUG